CAUAGUGCAAUGUCUCGCGAUCUAAAGAAUCUUUUGCGUUUCGCCUUGGAAAAUUCAGAUGGGACUACGGAGUCGACUAUAGACCCUGAGAAAGCUCGGUGGUUGUCAGAAUUUUUGGCAACUGCUUCAGUGGACUUAUCAAAGCAAUUGAAAGAACAUAUCGAAACGCUCUCUGAACUCUGCUCUAUUCCAGACGCAAACGAAACAGAAAUUCUAUCUACCUUACAAGAUAUACUUUCCUUAACAGAAGAUUUGGAUCUGGCGAAUGAUUUCUUCAAAAUGGACGGUACUGAGUUGUUAUUGAAGCUACUAUUUACUGGCCCGUCACUUGUGAGACCACAUGCUUAUCAGUUGCUUUCUAAUUUGACUCAAAAUAACCCGGAAGCUCAGAAGUUAUGUCUCGAACAUAAUGUUCUUCAGCGGCUCAUUCUUUGUCUUCCUGAUACCUCUGACUUGGAUUGCCUCAGAAAGUUGUUGCUGGGAAUUUCCUGUUUAACUCGGGGCUUUGUUCCAGGAGUUCGAAUAUUUUUGUCCUCCAACGGUUAUGAUGCUGUACUGGACGUGCUUGAACGGCUGUGUUCAUUGCCAAAUGCUGCCGACUUGAAUGAAGUUAAACGUGUUCGCGACAAAGGCUCCUUUCUGAUUUAUUGCCUUCUUCAAGAUACUUUACCCGACUUGAUGGAUGAGGCCAAAAGGAAGCACCUCGUGUCCAGACUCAUCGAAAUCACUAUGCGCAUCCCCGAUGUGCAGGAGCAUCUACUGGCCAGUCUCAUUAUGCUGUUUCACAAUGCGCCAUCAGUAGAAACCUCAAUAGACAUAGAGAACAUACCUGGAGUGGUAACCCGGAUCACACAGCCACUGGCUUCGGCUACAUCCCUGAUUGACAAUUUUGUUACUUGGCUCGACUCGCAGCAAGAAAAGACGACGGAUAGUAAUGAACCUGCACACGCCGAGCAACGUUUAUAUAUUGGUGUUUUGAAAGAUAUAUUGGUUAAAUAACAGCGGGUAUAUUCAUGUCUCUCAUUUUUCAC